GUUGUUUUACAGAAUUCAAAGAAGCUUUUUCACUAUUUGACAAGGAUGGUGAUGGUACUAUAACUACAAAGGAGUUGGGGACAGUGAUGAGAUCGCUUGGUCAAAACCCCACAGAAGCAGAGCUACAGGAUAUGAUCAAUGAAGUAGAUGCUGAUGGCAAUGGCACAAUUGACUUUCCAGAGUUUCUGACAAUGAUGGCAAGAAAAAUGAAAGAUACAGAUAGUGAAGAAGAAAUUAGAGAAGCGUUCCGUGUGUUUGACAAGGAUGGUAACGGUUACAUUAGUGCUGCAGAACUCCGUCAUGUGAUGACAAAUCUUGGGGAGAAGCUAACAGAUGAAGAAGUUGAUGAAAUGAUUAGGGAAGCAGACAUUGAUGGUGAUGGUCAAGUAAACUAUGAAGAGUUUGUACAAAUGAUGACAGCGAAGUGAAGAUGUUGUACAGAAUGUGUUAAAUUUCUUGUACAAAAUUGUUUAUUUGCCUUUUCUCUGUUUGUAACUUAUCUGUAAAAGGUUUUUCCCUUACUGUCAAAAGAAUAUGCAUGUAUAGUAAUUAGGCCAUUCCUCCAUGUUUUUCUCCUUUAUCUUACUGUCAUUGUUCUGAUUUUUGGAAAAUUGAUCUAAGUAACAAAUGUUGCAUGUGGCUUACUCUGGAUAUUUAAGCCCUUCUGCACAUCUAAAGUUAGAUGGAGUUGGUUAACUGAGGGAACAUCUGGAUUGUCUGUUUAAAAAAAAAAAAAGUAGCUUUCUUUAGGAGAUUUGGGUAUGACUAGUGUAACCAGUUACUUAAAGUAAGCCAGGGUUUACCAUGCAUUAGUGAUUCCUUAAAGUGACAUGCUAGCUCUCGUUCUCCAGUACAUAAAGGACUUUAUUCCACUUUCUGUGAUGGAGGGUAAGGACUCUUGCAGCUAACUGCAGGAUAAAACCAUGUGAAUAGUAUAUGUGCAUGUGGCUAAUGCACUGUAAAAACCAUUCUCCUAGCUUACUUCACAGUAACUUGUUUGUGGCCAUACCUGUAACAUGUUGUUGAAAUGUGGAGUCUUAACAUUGUGGACGAUUGACAGUCAACAAUAUGAAACUUAAGUUGCACUAAUGCAAAACGGGUGAUUUAUCCAGGUACUCGUACACAAGUUUUUUUUUGUACUGCUGGUCCUGUACCAGAAAACACUUUCUCCUCUUGUUACUAUGCUUUUUAAACUUUGUUUAGCCACUUAUUUUCAAAAAAAAUCUGCUUAUGGCACGAUUUGCCUCAAAUCCAUUCCAAGUUGUAUAUUUGUUUUCCAAUAAAAAAUUACAAUUU